GCGCGCCAUCCGAACGCGGGCGGGCGACGGCACCGGGGACGCCGGGCGGCGGAGGCGCCCGCCGGCAGCCGAGCCCCACUUUGGCCACUCCUGCACCUGGAUGGGAAGUUGGGGACGAUGGCCCGGCUCUUGCUGCGGUGGACCGCGCUCUUCUGGCUGACAGCCAUGGUUGAAGGCCUUCAGGUCACUGUGCCCGAAAAGAAGAAGGUGGCCAUGCUCUUCCAGCCCACGGUGCUCCGCUGCCACUUCUCUACGUCCUCCCACCAGCCUGCAGUCGUGCAGUGGAAGUUCAAGUCCUACUGCCAGGAUCGCAUGGGCGAGUCCUUGGGCAUGUCCUCUCCCCGAGCCCAGUCUCUCAGCAAGAGAAACCUGGAAUGGGACCCCUACUUGGACUGUCUAGACAGCAGGAGGACUGUGCGAGUGGUCGCUUCAAAACAGGGCUCGACGGUCACCCUGGGAGAUUUCUACAGGGGCAGAGAGAUCACGAUUGUUCAUGAUGCAGAUCUUCAAAUUGGAAGACUCAUGUGGGGAGAUAGCGGCCUCUAUUACUGUAUUGUCACCACUCCUGACGACCUCGAAGGCAAAAAUGAGGACUCGGUGGAGCUGCUGGUGCUGGGCAGGACAGGGCUGCUUGCUGACCUCUUGCCCAGUUUUGCUGUGGAGAUUAUGCCAGAGUGGGUGUUUGUUGGCCUGGUGAUCCUGGGCAUCUUCCUCUUCUUCGUCCUGGUCGGGAUCUGCUGGUGCCAGUGCUGCCCCCACAGCUGCUGCUGCUACGUCCGCUGCCCGUGCUGCCCGGAGACCUGCUGCUGUCCGCAGGCCUUGUAUGAAGCAGGGAAGGCAGCAAAGGCCGGGUACCCUCCCUCGGUCUCCGGUGUCCCUGGCCCUUACUCCAUCCCCUCUGUCCCCUUGGGAGGAGCCCCCUCAUCCAGCAUGCUGAUGGACAAGCCGCAUCCACCUCCCCUGGCACCAAGUGACCCCACUGGAGGAAGCCACAGUGUUCGUAAAGGGUACCGGAUUCAAGCAGACAAAGAGAGAGACUCCAUGAAGGUGCUGUACUAUGUGGAGAAGGAGCUGGCUCAGUUCGAUCCAGCCAGAAGGAUGAGAGGCAGAUAUAACAACACCAUCUCGGAACUCAGCUCCCUGCAUGAGGAGGACAGCAAUUUCCGCCAGUCUUUCCAUCAGAUGCGGAGCAAGCAGUUCCCUGUGUCUGGGGACUUGGAGAGCAAUCCCGACUACUGGGCAGGUGUCAUGGGCGGCAGCAGCGGAACAAGCCGGGGACCCUCCGCCAUGGAGUACAACAAAGAUGACCAGGACAGCUUCAGGCACAGCCAGCAGCGCUC